UUGUAGAUUUUAGGCAAAAUGUACCCUCGAUUCUCAGACUAUUUUGAAAUCUAGCAACUUUCUGGCCAAUGGUUGUUAUGGUUUGAUGAUGUGACACUGGCUUAAUGCACUACUGUAGCGAGCGCAAUUGCCCCCUAUAUGCCGCGCGGAAAAUGACUCCCACGCGUUACGGGCCGCGAUCGGCCAACUAAAAAAAUUCUAGAAAAACAAAUUUAAUACUCACAAUCACCAAAUUACUUGUGCUUUUCAAUCAAUAUUUUAUCUCUAUGUGUACUAAAUUUCUUUUAAAAACAAGUUACCGAUGUUUAGUUAGAGCGUGAUUAACGGGCAGGGCCACCCGGCUGGCGAGCUACGCCCGCGGCGGGCACCAUUUCCGCCGAACGCAAAAAUGCGUUCCACACUUUGACCCCGUUUCCGCCGGAUAUACCGAGGAUUAUGGUCCAUAGAAACUUCAUGAAUGCAUUAUAGAGACUGUGGGGAGUAUUCUGGUGUGUGCCGCAAAUUUCUACGUCCAAGGUAAGUCUAUUUAUGACUAUUUUAAAAACUUUGACCACGAUUUUUCCCCCGAUAGAAUUAAAUUAUCUAUUUGCGGCACCGGAAAUACGAUAGAACAUGUUCUUAGCUUUAUUUUGAUACCAGAUUUAUAACAUUUACUUUGGUAUAUACACGGCGGAAAUCGCUAUUUUCAGUGCUGUUCUUUGGCGGGAAGCCGCGCCGCGGGGCGUGGGAGGGGGGCGUGGCGAACGCAGUGUUAUUCACUGGCUCCUCACACGUUUCUUGCAUAGAGAAUUAAGUUAAGUGCGUACGUACUAUGAGGCUAGAUGGGAUUUAGUUUUCAGAAUCCUGUCUGAUAUCUUUUGGUAAGCCAUUUAAUUAUAACUUUACAUUUCUUCUCAGUUAUGAUGCCAGAGAACCUGUUGUGACUAGUGCCUAGUAGUGGACUUCUCUUCUAUCUUCUUCUUCUCUGUACUUCUUCAAAUCAUACAAGUGACACAGAGGGAAGGAAUUGGACAGGCACCAUGGCCACAAAUGGAGAUAUCCUACAGUUCUGUGGACAACACAAACGACUCAAGGUGAGAGAGAAGAUGGAACUGCUCAAGGAAACAUUCACAUCCAUUGACAGCAGGGUGGAAACUAAAGUACUCUGGAGCAGUAUUUCACGCCUAGCAGGGAAAAGGAAGAAAUUGUCGAAGGAUAAAAAGGAACUGAAAUCUUUGUUAAAUCAGACUUUCAACUCCCCAAAGCAAAACCAAACUCCACAGUCUCGAGCUCCAUGGACACCGAGAAAGAAGAAACUUGCAAAGCAUCUGGAAGAAGCAAGAAUGGCCAACAAACAUUUGAAGAAGAAACUGGGUAGUGCAGAAGAAUGGAAGAACAAUAUGCAGUGUGUGCAAACAGAGCUGGAGACUUUGAUCAGUGAAUAUACAGCUGCUGUGCAAGAAUGCGACAAGAUCACUGAGGACACAGAAGAAAAAAUGAAACUGAUGAACAACAACAAUGGGGAGCUGGAAAAGUACAUCAAGGAAAUAGAGAAUGCUUUUGACUCUCAAUCAAAAAAGUUACAAGACGCAACAGAAAAACUGAGCAAGUGGAAUGUAAGGAACUUCAACAAAAGGGAGAAGUCAAAAAAAAAGAAGAUCUCAAUCUGUGAAGAAAAACUGAAACAUCAAGAUACACUCAUAGCAGAGAUGAUGGCAAGGAUUAGGGACUUAGAAGUCACCAACAAAAAGCUGACUACAGAAAAGGUCCACCUACAGAAGAAAGCCUCAACACUGAAAGCAAAGCUGAAAAUGGAAAGUCCACAAGCUAUUGUGUGUGCUAACACAGAAAAGAUAGACAAACUGGAGCAAGAGAAGCGUGAGCUAGAGGAAGAAAACACCAUGUUAGAAGAUACAGUGAAAGCAAUGAAAACACUUGAAACCAAACAUGACAAGGGAUAUACAAACCAGAUAAGGGAAGUUGUGAUAGAUCUGCUGUCCAAAAAUGUGAGUGUCAAGCAUGUUAGUUCUGUGAUAAGAACAGUUUUGGAGAAACUGGCAAAGAUGAACAUCACAGGACAUUUACCUUCUGAGACUUUGAUCAGAACUUUGGCUGUUGAAGGACGAAUGCUCUCAGUGAUACAGGCAGGCAAAGCCAUGCUGGAGGGUCACGCAACACUUCACAAUGACGGGUCAACACAGGAGAAAAAGAAAUUCAACACUACAAGUGUGACCACUCCAUCAGGAACCCUGUCACUAGGACUAUACGAGAUGGCCGAGGAGAAUGCACAGGCUGUGUUCGAAGGCAACAAGCAGACGCUGAAGGAGGUAGCGGAAAUUCUGGCAAAAUUUGACAGUACUGACCCAGAAAUGGAACUGACCAAUCUGUUAUCAAUGAUAACAUCAACGAUGUCGGACAGAGGUUCAGUAAUGAAAGCAUUUAACAGUGCUUUUGAAGAGUGGAGGGGGGAGAUAAUCAAGGACACGUCAAGCUCAGUAGAGAAAGUCAAUAACUUUUAUUGUUAUAUGCACGUCCUUAUCAAUAUGGCUUCUGUUGCACUUGAUGCAUUAAAAUGUUUCGAUGUGUGCGCCAUUGAAAAGAAAGGCAUGCCAACCAAAAAUGGAAGGGCUGUCACUGAGGAUGCACUGUAUGCAGCUUGUCGCACGUUUCAAAAACAGUGCGAUGAAAGAACGGGGCAAGCGGCGGCUUUCCAGGCUUUCCUGUAUGGGAAGGAGCCAGGUAGAAAGUGCCAGUUUUCCAAAUUAAUCGGGAAUAGAUGCAACAUCCAAUUUGUGAAUGGUGCGGCUUUCUUCUUUCACUUGGAGGACAUGAGGGAGUUCUUAGAAAUCUGGAAAGGUGGUGGUACCCUAAGUAUGUCCCACUCUUGUCUGCAGCAGCACUUAUCCAACAAAGUUGCUAUCGCUGGAUGCAGGGCGCUAGGUAUCCUGGAGAAGAGAGUGACCACGCCAAUGUGGCAAGAAAUCUUAGCUGCUACCAGCAUCCUCGAUCUGAACAGACAGUCUCUCACAAUGAGAGCGGAAUUUCUUAGACUAUCAGAGGACGCAUCAGAACUACUUGUGCCUGACAAUAAAACCAUAUUUCCCGGCCGGGAGGUGGUUGAUGAGGAUGAUGUGUGCCAUGCCCUUCUUAAAGAUUCUGAGGAUGCUGAGCUGGAUGCUCUCACCAUCAGUGCCCUGGAGCUGAUCUUCUCGUCCUGGGUGAUUCUGAUAGAAAAACAGCUCACCGACUACUUACCUGGAGGAAUGUAUGAUAAUCCUGAUGAAAACCUGAAACAGAAAUCUAAACAUGUUCCCACAACAAAUGUCACAUGUGAAAGAAGCAUUGGGUACCGAAAUAGGUUACACCAGCUGAAACCAUCUGCAAAGACCUUACACAUCGAAUCACUGCUUCUACUCUCUACAAACCACACAGUAGACUGGCUGGGAAAACUGUCUGAAGAUGACAAAGAACGUGCAUUAGAGACAGCUCGAAAAGCUGCUCCAGGAUGCAUCAAGAAGCAGAAAGAACGAGAACAGGAAAUUCUGAGCCACCGCCUCGAACUGCUGAGGCAGAAACAAGAUGAGAAGGAAAGAAAGAUAAGAAGGGUAUCCCAGGAAAAAUCCAAGAUUUGUGAAGCAGUAAGGCAAGGUGGCGGUGAAUGGAAGACUCCAGAGGAGGUUGAGCAGAGACUCUGUGAGUGUGCAACUGAUUCAAAGAAGAAAGAGAAGAUCCUUGCACAGCUCAGAUUUCACAAAGUAGUUCUGGAGGACCCUCUACCAACAGACAAAAGAUACUUGGUUCAGCAACAGAUGACUGUGAAUGGGUCGGUGAAAAAGUUUUCAAUGUCAGAACUAAAGGAAAACUUGCUUGAGCUGAUAGGUAUGAACACUUUAAGAUGCAAUAACAACAAUGAGGAGGAUGAAGAUGAGGACUCAGAUCAGGAAGUUGAACAGGGUACAAAGUACAUGGCUACGGACAGACGACUAGAACUGAUACAGGCAGAAAAAGCAAAACUGAAGAAGAAGCGAGACAAGCAAAGAGAGAGACUUUAGGAAUUUGUUUGAUUAUAUUUGUUGUAAUAUGGCUUUGAACAGAAGACUUGAACUGAUAAAGCAAAAGUGAAGAAGCGAGACAAGCAAAGAGAGACAGUAGGAAUUUGUUAAUAUUUGAUAUGAUAUUUUAGAUACAAUAGUAUUCACAUAUUUCUGCAGAAAAAAGGUAUGACUUGUAAAAAUGAUGUAAUUAAUAUGCAAAAAAGUAAUUGAUGUUAAUUAUUUAUUUAUGAAGUGGAUGACAAAAAGUUAAAUAAGUAAUCUUGAAGUAAUUAAGUCAAAAACAGUUGAAAACAUAGUAUAAGUGCAUUUUUUUCUCAAAGCCAUGAAUUGAUUGGAUUAUUAUUUAUUAUAUGCAUUAUUGGUCUAAUUAAUAUGCAAAUAUGUUAAAUGAUUAUACAACAAGAAUUGGUAUGAUAACUUGAACUUGCUGGUCACCCAUGCUGUGUCAGCUGACAAUUGUAUAAUAUAUGUAUUUUUUAAAUGUAUCUUCUGUAAUUUAUGAAAGCUGCAGUGAUUAGAAUGCUGAAAUUGGAUUAUUUAUAUUAUCUAAAACACUAAUCAUAUACUAAUUAGAAUACUUAAGAUCAUCUAUUUGUUAGCUAUAUUGUGACAGCUGCCAGUUCCAUUACUCCGUUUAGAGGUGGGCAUAAAGAAAGUGUGUAUGUAGAUGAUGUCUAUCCAAUUUGAUGGUUUUGUCUAAUUAAUAUGCAAAUAUGCAAAUCAGUCAUUACAUAAGAAUUUAUUUGCAACUGACACUUUGCUGAUCAUGUAGUGACAGAUGUCUGAGGUAACCUGAGAGAGAAAUGUAGCCUGAAUGUGUAGAGGAUACCUGAAUAUAGUAUGUGAUAUUAACCUAAUUAGUAUGCAGACAUACUAAUUUCAAUAAUUAACAUAAUCUAAAACACUAAUCAUAUACUAAUUAGAAUACUUAAGAUCAUCUAUUUGUUAGCUAUAUUGUGACAGCUGCCAGUUCCAUUACUCCGUUUAGAGGUGGGCAUAAAGAAAGUGUGUAUGUAGAUGAUGUCUAUCCAAUUUGAUGGUUUUGUCUAAUUAAUAUGCAAAUAUGCAAAUCAGUCAUUACAUAAGAAUUUAUUUGCAACUGACACUUUGCUGAUCAUGUAGUGACAGAUGUCUGAGGUAACCUGAGAGAGAAAUGUAGCCUGAAUGUGUAGAGGAUACCUGAAUAUAGUAUGUGAUAUUAACCUAAUUAGUAUGCAGACAUACUAAUUUCAAUAAUUAACAUAAUCAUUUACUAAUUAUAGACUAAGUGUACUGUCUACUUGCUGGAUUUGGUUAGACAGUUGCAUCAACUUGAAUGUCUGUUGGUGUUAAGAAAAUAAAUCAUGCUAAUGAUGCAUA